GUAAAAUUUUCUAAAUGGCCGCAGCCGACUGUAUACCGACAAUGUGGACUGUGUUGAUAGUGCUGUGUUGCUUCACGCAUGAUCUCUUUGCUUUACAAGACGGCGAAUCGUGUAAGCACCAAGGAGAGUCAGGAAUAUGCAGACCGUACUCAAAGUGUAGGAAAGGCAAUCGGAUAACCGUGUGUAGUUAUUCGUCCACGGAAGCAAUCGUUUGCUGUCCGCAAUCACAACUACUCGAGGCAGCUGGCACAUUCCAAGCAACGCCGCUUAGUUCAUUUAAUCGUGGUGGAAACGAACGUAUUAGUGAGAAGAAAUGUAAGGAAUACAAGGAGCUUACCACGGAUAGUGUUGCCAUCAGUGCGCUUACGCUCAACCCUACGCUGGUCAAGAUUGAUGUACCGAAGUGUGACAUGGUAGUGAAGCUGAUCGUCGGUGGUAAUGUCACCAAACCGGGAGAAUUCCCGCACAUGGCUGCGAUCGGUUGGCGUCGACCGAAUGGUGACUUUUCGUUCGAUUGUGGCGGCUCACUGAUCAGCGAAUAUUACGUACUGACGGCGGCCCAUUGUUACGCAGAAUCCGAGGAAGGCGUACUGCCCUCGAUUGUGCGCCUGGGCGAUCAAAGUCUGUUGCGUCAGGACGAUGGUGCCGAACCGGAGGAUUACGACAUACAGCGGUUCAUCGUGCAUCCGGAAUUCAAAUGGAGUGCCGGCAAAUACAACGAUCUCGCAUUGGUUGAGAUAAGCGAGCGGGUGGUAUUUACCAACUUCAUCCGUCCGGCCUGCCUAUACACAUCGGAUAGACUCAACGUUCGCACAGCGAUUGCGACCGGAUUUGGGCUAACGGAAGACUUUGGCAUCAAAUCGGACGAAUUGCGCAAGGUGGCACUAAACAUUUACGACAACGAUCUGUGUGCCGAUCGGUACCGGUCGAACCGACACAUUCGCCAAGGCAUCCGUAACUCGCAAAUGUGCGUUGGUGAUCUGGCGGGCGGAAAGGAUACGUGCCAGGGUGAUUCCGGUGGUCCGUUGCAGGUGACGCGUGAAGAAAAUCAGUGCAUGUUUUACAUCGUCGGUGUGACCUCGUUUGGGCAGGUGUGCGGUAGUGCAACGCCGGCCAUCUACACGAAGGUUAGCUCGUACCUGGACUGGAUCGAAUCCGUCGUAUGGGAAUGAGA